AUGAGUUUAAUUGGAAAAUUGGCUUUUGUUACAGGAGCUGGGUCAGGCAUAGGAAGAGAAACAUGUAAAAUUUUAGCAAGAGAAGGGGCAAAUGUGGUUGCUGCCGAUAAAUUCCUAAAAAACGCAUCGGACACCGCCGAAAAUUUACCAAAAAAGGCCGACCAAAGUCACACCAGCGUGGAAUUGGAUGUUACCAAAAAAACAAGCGUUCAAUAUACUCUUAAAAAAACGCUGGAAAUUUAUGGGAAGCCACCAUCAAUUAUAGUGAAUAGUGCUGGAAUAACUAAGGAUAAUUUUGUUUUAAAAUUAUCUGAAGAGGAUUUUCAGGAUGUGAUAGAUGUUAAUUUAAAAGGUACCUUUCUGGUAAUACAAACAUUCUGUAAUGCCAUCACAGAAAACAAAUUAAAAAAUGCUUCAGUAAUAAACAUUGCUAGUAUUGUUGGUAAAUAUGGUAACAUUGGUCAGUCCAAUUAUUGCGCUAGUAAAGCUGGAGUGGAACUUUUAACUAAAUCUUCAGCUAAAGAACUUGGACAAUUUGGCAUUAGAGUUAAUGCCAUUUUACCAGGCAUAAUAGACACAGCCAUGAUACAAACUGUACCUGAUAAAGUCAAACAGAAAUUUAAAAGUGUAAUUUCUCUAGGCAGAUUUGGUCAACCACAAGAAAUUGGAGAGGUUAUUGCCUUUUUGGCAUCUGAUAAAAGUUCCUACAUAUCUGGAGCAUCUAUUGAGGUAACAGGUGGAAUGUAA